CACAACCACAAGUCUGGCAUUUUGAAGAUAGGUUCUUGUGUAGACUGUCAUCACAGAGUGGUUUCUUCCUCCACUGCAAUAUUGAAAGACUGUUGUGUUUUGAAGUGGAUCAAGAUGUUCACAGAAGCUUGCACCUUAUUGCUUUCAUGCAUCUUUCUGUAUUUUGGGCAUGGCACCCAUGCAUCAUACUACAACUACUCCACAACAACAAAGUGCUUGGUAGAGCCACUAGAUGCCCUAUAUGGAGGAGGGAUUAUAGUAAAUCCAGAAUUUAAUUACAACAUUGAAAGAUGGGAGGCUUUUGGAAAAGGGAAAAUAGAAGAACGGAUAUCGAAGAAAGGAAACAGGUUCAUGGUGGCACACAGUAGAAAACAUCCACUAGACAGUUUCUCGCAGAAGGUUUGCGUUGAGAAAGGGAAAAUCUAUAGCUUUUCUGCUUCUGUUCAAGUGAGUGAAGGAAGUGGGAUAGUAGCUGUUGUUUUCAAGUUUCCCAACCGCGAUGCUGUGCGUGGUGGUGAUGUAAUAGCUGAACAUGGGUGUUGGACACUGCUAAAAGGCGGUUUCGUAGCCAAUUUCACAAGCCCUGUUGAGAUUCUUUUUGAGAGCAAAAAUACAUCAGUGGAAAUAAUGGUGGAUAAUGUCUCAUUGCAACCUUUCACCAAGGAGGAAUGGAGAUCCCACCAAGACAAAAGCAUUAAAGAGCUGCGAAAAAGUAAGGUGAGGUUCCAUGUAACUCAGGCAAGUAAAAAUCCUCUUAAUGGUACUAAAGUCUCCAUCAAGCAAGUUAAGUCGCAUUUCCCAUUUGGAUGUGGCAUGAACCAUUACAUCCUCACAAACUCCGAUUACCAGAAAUGGUUCGCCUCGAGAUUUAAAUGGACUACUUUCACCAAUGAGAUGAAAUGGUACAGCACUGAGAAAGCACGUGGCCAAGAAAACUAUACUAUUGCAGAUAACAUGGUCAAAUUUGCACAAAAAAAUGGCAUUUCUAUUAGAGGUCACAAUGUCUUCUGGGACGAUCCCAAGUACCAGCCCGACUGGGUUAAAUCCCUUUCCCCUGAGGAAGUACGAACAGCAGCAGCAAAGCGAAUCAAUUCAGUUGUUUCUAGAUACCAAGGACAACUCAUUGCUUGGGAUGUAGUGAAUGAGAAUCUUCAUUUUAGUUUCUAUGAAGAUAACCUCGGCGAGAAUGCUUCAGCAGAAUUCUAUUCCACAGCUCAACAGCUUGAUCCUGACACAACUAUGUUCAUGAAUGAGUAUAACACCAUGGAAUAUAGUAGCGACGAGAAAUCAAGUCCAGCCAACUACAAGAAAAAACUUGAGGAGAUCUUAUCAUAUCCCAGAAAUGAAAAUUUGUCGCUAGGAAUAGGGUUGCAAGGUCACUUUGGUUCUGGUCAGCCAAAUCUUGCGAACAUGAGAUCUACUUUAGACAUGUUAGGUGCAAUCGGACUGCCAAUAUGGCUUACAGAAGUGGAUGUGGAAAAAGACCCGAAUCAGGCUCAGUAUUUGGAAGAGGUACUAAGGGAGGGAUAUUCUCAUCCGGCGGUUCAAGGGAUCAUCAUGUUUGUAGGUCCAGAGAUAGCCGGGUUUAAUGUGACCACCCUUGUAGAUAAGAACUUCAAGAAUACACCAGCAGGAGAUGUUGUGGAUAAGCUGAUUGAGGAGUGGAACUCUAACACUCAGGAAAUCAUAGCAGAUGAUCAAGGAUAUAUCGAUGUUUCUUUGUUCCACGGUGAUUAUGAGAUAACUGCAGAAGGCCGCGUUGCUAAUACCUCGGCUACCCUAAGUCUUAGGGUUGCACGAGCUCAUGAACCGCAGGCAAUUGUUCACGUUCAUAUUGAUACUUGAAACUGAAACACAAUGUAUACAUGAGAAAAAUAAAUUUCUACAGUAUUAUCACAAAAUCCUGGUGCAACAGCCUACAGAAAUUUGUGAUAGUUAAUAGCAGUUGUUGCCAAAAGUUGAAAAUUUGUUGCCUAAGAGUAUACGCAACAAAUUGCAGUCAUUGCCACUUGUUAGACCUUAAUAACUAAAUCAAUAAAAUACAUGACUAUAUAUGGA